CAUUGACGAUGAAAAUGAAUCAUCGGUGCAGCUGCUAAUGGAAAUAUAUCGACUUUCACCAUUGUGCCGAUGAUGAUGAUAGUCAAACUACUAUGUUGGAAGUCGAAACUACGAUGGCGAAAGUUGAAAGCACGAUAAUGGUACGCAAAUCCACGGUGGUGAAAAAACCCAGGAUGAUGAAAAUAUGAAAUAACAUCGCGUUUUCAUAAUCAUAGUUUUGUAGAGAUAAUUGAAAUAAAGGCUGUGAUUCCACUGAACUUACCAGUAUGGAUAACCUUUUAGUAGACCUGGAUAAAGUCCUUGAUGACUUUGAGGCUGAAGAGAAUUCAGCACCAGGCACUGAAAGAAAGCCAAGUGGCUUCCAGGAAUAUUUGGAACAAACCAAUAACCAGACCUUGAAUGAUAUUGAAAACAUGGAAACUUAUAAACAAUAUGAAAAGAACAUGUACGAUGAAGGAAUGUCUAGAGAUUUUUCAGAUAAGGAGUUGUCAAGUGUUAGGUAUGACUUUCCUUAUGAACCAGAAAAGUUUGAUUUAUCCGAGGCAGACUUUGCACCCUCCACAAACUUUGGAGAGAGCAGUUAUAAUGGAUCACUUGAUUCGUCACAGAACAAAAAGAUGAAUAACGAACCUGUUGUAAAUAGUUUAAAACAAUUCACUAAUUACCCUGGAAUUCAGGCUCACCACAUGAAUGGGACAAUUGAAGAUACAAGUGAUUCUCAAAACAGUCAUCAAAGUCAGUAUGGAUUAUUACAGGUGACACAGUCUAAAGAAAAAAAUAAUGCUUUAAAAUUACAAAUGACACAAUCUGAAAUUGUGAAAGCACCAAUACAGGCAGACAAUUCCCCAGGAGUAGAACCUUCAAAAAUGGCAUUUCAAAUGAAUGGACAUUCCGAUGAGGCACAUGGUCUUGAACAUUCAGAAAAACCAGUGUAUCACCAGCAGUUGUCUAGCAUUCCAAGCCUUAAUAGUAUAAACUCUAGUCCAGAAUAUGAUAAAUAUCCUGUGCAAUGUAACACGCCUCAGACCCCUAAAGACCCAACUGUAAACCCAUUUGAGGCUCAGUUAUCGCUAAGUAGUGGCGGAAGCUUAAGUCCUUCACAUACAAAUUCUAGUCAAGUUCAACCAAAACGAGAUGCUGAAACUAUGCAAGACAUUCCGAAAUUACAAAAUCUGAAAGAAGAUUUGGAAAUGAGUUGUGAUUCAAGAGGCAAUACUGAACAGUAUUGGUCUCAAGGUCAUGUGACUUCAGCUGCAAAUUCCUCACAGUCUUUGCCAGCAACUUUACACCAGACUGUGUUUCAAAAUGGAGCUAAUUCAACUGGUUCUUUGCCAUCAGAACUUGAAACUGAAGAACAGUCUACAGGAAAAAGUAAAAGUGCUAACCAGUCUGAAAUGGAAAUAGGUACAGAUCAGCGUGAUGAAAUGACUGAAAACCAUCCUGUGGAUAGAGCUAAUAGAAAUAUAUAUUUUGAAAAUGAUAAAGAAUUUUCAACAGAUGAUCCAGAUGAUCCUGUCAACAAGAGCAUAGGAAUGGAAAAUAUUGCAGCUGGAACUAAUGUACUAGUGAAGGAUAACAAUGCUGGGCAGAAAACUUACAUGCAGAAUGUUGUAGGCUUUGGGAAUAUUGAUGAAGUUGAUGAUGACACUGAUCUAAAUGCAUACCUUGGUGAUGAAUCUGAAGGAGUAAGCAAUCACGGGACUGAUUCUCAUUUGAGCAAAUUUUCUUCUGAAAACCAGUCUGGUCAUGGUUUUUCAAAUUUUACAGCAGAAAACCAAGAUUCAUUAAGAGUUUGUGAUACUGAAAUCGUGAAUAAGGAAGAUAAGGAACAAAAACUUAGAACAAAAGUUGAGGAAAGUGAUAUGGACACAUCAGAAAUGGGUGUUUCAGGCGAUAAUACAACAAGUAUGUCACGUAAUACCUUUGUAGAAAAGACAGCUAACUUAAAUGAUAGAGACUCUGGUUUUUCUGAAGCAAAGUUUGAUACAAAAACAGAACCAGUAUUGAAUCAAAUGAAAGAUUCAGAUAUGGAAAUUUUUAAAAUUCUCCCUACAAAUCCAGACCAAUCUAAUACAGUUGUUGACACUAAUCCUGUGAUAACUAAUCUUGCUUCAAAUUUAUCACCUGUUGCAAAUAUUUCAUUAGACAGUGGUGUUGCUUCUCUUAAUGACAAUUUAGAAGACAUUUCUACACACACAAGUGAACUUAAUGAAGGUUUAACAGAUGCUGGAGCUAGACCCAAAGAUUCUCAAAACAAAGUAAACAGGCCAAAUUCUUUAAUGGGACUUUCUACUGUGGACUUGAAGUCAGAUUCACCCUUUGUGAUGAAGCCACUGGUCUCACCAUCAGUAGAACUGAAAGGUGAAACCAGUCAAGUGAAUAAACCAGUGAAUCCAGUUAUUGAAAGAAUGGUUGUAGAUUCUGUGAUUAGUCAAACUGAAGAAUCUAGACAGUUAAUGGAAAAUUCUAACAGUGGCAGAGACACUGGAAAUAUUACUGAAUCAAAUUUUGACAGAAUGGAAGGUGACAAUGAAUCAAAUGUAGUGGAAAUGAGGUAUCCAGACAGAUUCCAACCUUCAGAAGGCAUUGUUACUGGCAGGCCUAGGUCAUGGAGUCCAUCAGACUCAGGCCAGCCACCUGUACAGAAACAGAAAAGACCAACAAGUUUGAAUCUCCCACCGCCACCAACAUUUAAUCCAGCAUGUGACAGGGAGAUGUCGGAAGAAGAUCAAACUCCAGAGACAGACGCUGGUGUUGGUAUGGAAACAACAACAGGGGAAAACCAGGAUCUGAAUGUUGCAGCUGACCAGGAUGGUGUUGCUGGAGCCGAAGGUGGGGCUGAAGCUCCUUACAUUCCCCCAGAACAUAUGGAUCUAGAUCCCCCACCGCCCUAUAGUUCCACAUUGGGCACGGUGGCCCCUAAAUGGAUCCCAGAUGCUGAGGCCCCUAUAUGUAUGAGUUGUGAGUCGAGAUUUACCUUCACCAAGAGAAGACAUCAUUGUAGAGCUUGCGGAAAGGUGUUUUGCUCUACAUGUUGCUCUAUGAAGAACAGAUUACCUUACCUGAAGAACCAGGAAGCUCGAGUAUGUGUCCUGUGCCAUAGUGAACUAGCUAUAGCCAUGGAUAGAGCUGAGAGAAAUGUUGGCCGUCCUCCCCAUCCCAACAACCCCAGUGAUUACUGUAGUGUAGUUCCACCCACACAUGCAGCCGGUGGUGCAACCGCUUCUCAACCCCCGUCAGUCCUCGUUCCAGUUCUCAAACGUGAUGGCAGUGUUGGAGUUGAGUGUUCAAACCGUCAAAGUGCACCAAAACAGGUGAUGUUUUCUGAUGGUAUACGGCCUGGAGGUGACCUUACAGAGUUAGAUGGGUCCAGUGAGGUUACAAGAAUGCCGCCUCGAAGGUCACGAGUUCAGAAACGUGUUGAAAGAGUUGCGCAAGGCCAGCAUUCACCUAGAUCUCGUAGAUUACGUACUGUAGCAGAAAGAACAACCAAGUGUCUCAUACCUGAAGAUGGAUUACCUCCCUUGUCUUUACCUCAAAGUGAGGCUCCAGGAAAUGUUCUGCUGUCAAAUCCAGAUCCAAAUGAUUUCAUGCCAAAUAUAAAAGAUGAAAACAAAGCUCCUGUGAUAUUUGCUAUAAAUACCAACCUGUGUGUCUCAGUCAAAAUUGUUACAUUGGACUGCUGUGUGAAUCGUACAGUUUGGUGUUUCACGACACGAGGAAUGACAAGUGUUGGACAGGAGGAGAUUGUUAUAGUCUUAGAAUCUCUGCCAGAAGAAAAUACGCCACCGAAAGAUGUUUUUGUCCAUUUAAAUAAUGUGUUUGAAGAUGCAAGCAAAGGUAAUGUGAUAACAGAGCUAGGACACUCUAUAUUCAAUCAAAGUUUCCUGGGGAGUCGUGAUCACGGAGGGUUUCUGUAUAUCCGAGCAUCGUUCCAGUGCGUACAGAAGCUGACGUUGCCGGGACCACCGUUCCUGUUUGGGAUACUGCUACAGAAAUGGGAGACACCUUGGGCAAAAGUCUUCCCAUUGCGGUUAUUGCUUAGACUUGGAGCUGAAUAUAGAUAUUAUCCAUGCCCUUUGAUAGGGAUCAGGAAUCGAAAGCCAGUGUUCUUUGAGAUAGGUCAUACCAUCAUGAACCUGUUGGCAGACUUCAGGAACUACCAGUAUAUGUUACCUAACAUUAGAGGGGUCGCUAUACACAUGGAGGAUAAAGUCACAAAAAUUAACUUCCCAAGAAACAGAUAUGAAGAAUUAAUGAAGGUUGUGAACAACAGUAAUGAACAUGUGAUGGCAAUAGCUGCCUCAUUCAGUGCUGAGGCCGACUCACACCUUGUGUGUAUACAGAACGACGAUGGCAACUAUCAAACUCAGGCAAUCAACAUACAAAACAAACCUAGAAAAGUGACUGGAGCUAGCUUUGUGGUGUUCAAUGGUGCUUUAAAAUCGAGCUCUGGUCUCAGUGCAAAAUCCAGUAUAGUAGAGGAUGGGUUGAUGGUACAGAUCAGUCCAGACUCCAUGCUGGCCCUUAAACAGGCUAUACGGGACAUGCAUGAUUAUCCAAUCAACUGUGGGCUGAUAGGGGCCCCUAAACCAGAUGAAACAGUCGUUGUUCAGUGGGUGGAAGAUGAUAAGAAUAUUAAUAUUGGAGUAAAGAGUCCUGUAGAUGGCAUGAACAUGGACGGGAUAGAGAGCCUGCGUAUACAUCACGCUACAGAUUACAUUGGCGAGAAAAACAUCGUAAGAUGGACAGAAAUAUUCUUCAUACAGAAUGAGGAACGAGGUUCACCAAAAUGGGACCCAGUGGACUUAAGCCGUAUUGGGGAAACUGUGGCUACAGCAUGUUGUAUGGCUCUGACCCAGCACCUGGAGAAGAUGAAAGAGGCACAACUUGAGAGGAUAGGACUCAGAGUUACACUGGGCUCUGAUAAUGUUGGGUAUGAGGCAGGAGCCAAAGGUGAAAGGUUACCAGAUGUUUAUAUGAAUGACCUUGACAAUGAACUUAUACCAGUUAUACAUCGAGCAACGCAGCCAGAUACUAAUAUUGUGUUAGAACUGAUCUUUGAAGUCCUCGAAUAAUAUAUAGAACAUCUCAUUUGCGAUAUGACAAUGGUUAAGAACUCUCUUACAGCUUUGGAGUAAUUUAAAGAGCAACACACAGUGUGGGAACAACAGUAUACCUUUGAGUUUCUGAUUGUGAUUUUUUGACAGGGAACUAUAUGAAUACACAGUUAGGGUAGUUAAAGAAAUUCACGUUCAUAUGUAUUUUUAGUAUCUGCAUAUGUAUUUUUAGGAUCUUAAAAUGUUUAGUACCAACAUGCUACUUAAGAUAUAGAAUACAGUAUUACCUCGUCUAUAAUGACACCUCCAAGGAGCAAACACCCUGAGUAAGUUAACCCCUCCAGAGCAACAACCUCUUUAUAACAAAACCUUCCUAAUUUUUCACAGUGGUAUUCAUUCUAGACAGGUUAGAUUCUAGUCUUAGCCAAAAUGAGUAACAGUGUUGCCUCAGUAGAUAACUAUGGCACUGUACUUUAUUUACUGGCCAUAUACGGUUGAAAUUUCAGACUUAGGUGUAAUACCAUUCUAAAAAUUCUAAUUGAAAGCUGCAGGAUUGUAAUAUUCAUUACAUGGCUGUGUUUUUAUCUUCUCAGGCAGUUUUAUUUAAUCAAAAUGGUUUGGUAAUUGUUCUCUAUAUAAAAAUCUUAAGAUUGUAUCCUUUCUGAAGAAUUUAAAAAAUAGAUCUUUUAGCAACUGACCCAUAGCAUGUUACUAUUUAUAUUGGAAUACAUUAGACAUAAAAAUACAUUGGAUCAGAUUUUUUUUUUUAUUCGCUUCGGGAAGAGGAGAGCUGGUAUCAUGGUGGGAGCAACUUUUUAUGGGUUUGUUUCCAUGCUGGCUCCUGAAAAGUAAUUUAUUCUCCUCAUUCUGCAGCAUUUGAUAUGAACAUGUAAAUUCCUUUCAGUCGUUUUGUUGUAAAUCUCAGUCCAUUUAAAUGUUUGAUAUCUGUAUGUCAUAGAUAUAUAUAUGUAAACCAUGUUAUGUAAUAUAUAUAUAUACCGGUAUGAUUUUGUUGAUUAUUUGCAGUUGUUAAUUCUAUGUGUGUACACAUAAACAGAUUCUAUAUAUAUGUUAUCAUUGAGAACCUUUUACUGUAAAACUUGAUCCAUGUUUAUUUACAUGAUAUUUUACCGAGAUAUAUUAUUAUAGGACUAUAUAUGUAUAUAAUUGCAUUGACCAAAUUUUUGAAAAUAUAUCUAUACUGUCCAUUGCAUUUUAAGCACUGACUGUUCAACUGUCCAGAAGUGCUUGAUUUAAAUGUUUGUACUUGUUAAGUGAAAUUGCACCAAUGUUCAUGUCCUGCGAUUCAUUAAUGAAUAAAAAUGUGAAAUUUUGAAAGAGAUAAUAGCUUGAGAUUUUUGCACUUGAAUAAGACAGUUUAGGAUUUCAUUAUAUAUGUAUUUUGAUAUGCACCUGAGGUGUAAACAUUAAGAACCGUGCUGUGUCAGUUGAUUUCAGAAUUAAAAAUUGGUAAAAUUCAUGUAGAAUUUAGUUUGGAGAUAAUUAUAUAUAGCGUGAAACUUUUAUAAAACAUUAUAGAACAAUAUUAGCAUUGCUUAUAACAUAUAGAAUUUUGGACAUCUUUUUAGCUUACAGGUGUUGACAUUUCAGCCUGUUAUUUUGAGGAUUACAGAGACAAUUUAUGUGUCUGAAAUCAUUCAUCCUGCAACUCUGAUUCUUGUAGGGAAAUUGGCAGUUACUUGCAGAGAACAUUUUGUACUGGGACAGAAUCCAGGAACACUGGUUAGGUUAACUGCUUGCCAUUAAAUAACUGAAAUAUUGUUGAAAAACAGCGUUGUUGCCAAAACAAACAAACAAAUCAUUUUAUUUUAAUUGCUUACUAGGUUUUAUAAGUUCAGGUUUUGUCACAAGCAAAGUAAGUCAGAAUUAUGAUUUUGUCUGGACUAAGAUGCACUGAAAUAUAUGUAUAUUUACAUAGUAAAACACUGUUCACUCUGUCUCAAGGGGAUAAGUGAAGUGCACAAGUUAUCUUGUAUUUUUAGCUAUUAAGAAAAUGUCUUUAAGAUCUAAUAAGUUGCUCAAACAAGCAGUGUUUCAUGAUAUAACAAUGGAGUUUUCAUACAAACACAUAAAGCGAAAAUUGUUAAAAGGGUUUGGCACAAAUUUCCUCUGUAUUAUUGAAUUAAGUUUUGAUCUAAUAGCUAAACUUUAACCUGCAAAAUUUCUAAAAUGGACUGGUCUAUCAUUCAAUUUGGGCAGUACCAUUUAUUAUUCAAAAGGUUGUUCACUGAAAAUUCACUGACCGAAUAAGGAACAGUGCAGCCCAUGUUCUUGGUAUGCACUGGUCGCAAAGGCAGAAUCACUUACCACCAGCAGGCUAAAGAUUAAAAAGAAACACAUAUACAUGUAGUUACUGUGAGGUAUGUUGUUUCAUAUAAAAAGAGAAAUUUAUGUGUAACAGUUAGUUUUGAAGCAUAAUUUUGUUACUGUGCGUAGAUCUAAUGUUUUAUAUUAUGUUGAAAUUUUUGUUGCAGUUAAUUUAUUUUCAGUUAUUGUUAAGAAUGUAGUAUGUAGAAACAAAUAGGCUUUGUAAUUGUGCAAUAUUGAUCAUGUGCUGAGGUUCUGAUUCUUUAAUUAACAGUAGCUAGGUUGUAUAUUAAAUAUUGUGGGCUUAGCACAAAACGGUUGAAACUCCUUCUUUAUUUCAUAUGAGUUACAACCGUUUUGCGCUGAGCCCGCAAUUUUAUACAGUUGGAACUCGGUAUCUCGAUUUCCAAGGGAUCAAGCUUUUUACUUCGAGAUGACCGAAAUUCAAGUUAAAAUGAUAUUUUGUACAUGUGUUUAGGGACGGGACUUGCAAAUGUCCUCAGGAUGGCCAGAAUUUUGAGAUAACCGAGUUCGAGAUAUCGAGUUUCAGCUACAUAAGAUUUCUCUAAGUACAAUUUCAGGUAGAAAAAAAUUUAAAUGGGAUAUAGUAAGUUUAUUUGGCACAGUUAGUUUGACUGUUGAUGCUAUUUAGCUUGCACUUUUUUAAUGUGGUUGGGCAUUGUGCUCACUGCUACAAGUAGGCACCGUCGUUUAUAUGACUGAAAAAUUGUUGAAAAAAAACGUUAAACCUGAACGCACACACACACACACACACACACACACA